AUGGUUCAACAAUGUGACAUUUGCCUGACGCGUAGGAGUUCAAAUAACAAAGAACCAAUGCAACCUCAUCAGAUUCCAGAACAGCCCUGGCAAGUUGUUGCAACUGACAUUUUUACACUGGACGGUGUUGAUUACCCCGUUACCGUUGACUAUUACUCCAGAUUCUUUGAAGUGGACAAAUUAUCGGACACAAAAAGUAUCACCGUAAUACGCAAACUAAAGAGACAUUUUGCUAAAUACGGUAUCUGCCAAAAAGUUGUCAGCGACAACGCAGCUCAGUUCACAUCAGAACAAUUCAUUACAUUUGCGAGGGAAUGGGGUUUUGAGCAUACGACUUCUAGUCCCCUUUACCCUCAAUCUAACGGUCUGGCAGAAAAGACGGUACAGACGGCUAAACGACUGUUACGAAAGGCAAAAUCUGACAACAGAGACCCAUACUUAGCCUUUCUAGAGUAUCGAAACUGCCCACUGGAGUGUGGAUACUCUCCCUCUCAACUGCUUAUGUCACGACGAUUGAGAUCUAUUAUCCCGACGGUAAAAUCUCUUCUUAAACCACAGACGGUUAACACAGACAUUGUGCAGGACAAGAUCAAUAAAUCGCGCUCCAGCCAAAAACACUACUACGAUCAGACUGCUAAAUCGCUACCGUCCUUGGCAGACGGACAGACGAUCAGGGUUCAAAUGAAAAAAAGAUGGGUUCCGGCAAAACUUAUUAAAGACAACCAUGACAGAUCGUACACAGUUCAGACUGAGGACGGUGGUAUUUACAGACGAAACAGACGAUUUAUUAUGAGUACUAAAGAGAAAUGCCCCGAACUUUCGGAAAACUUUCCAAAUUUGCUGCAUCAGACAGAUUGCGGCAAGUCUCAGUCCAAUGAGUCAGCCGAAAUAUCUCCCUUAAUCUCUCCACAAAAUAUGUCUGCGUCCCACGAAAAUCAGCCAUACGUAACUAGAUACGGGCGCUCUGUGAAACCAACUUCCCGCUUAGUAGAACACGCUUGA